AUGCCACAAUCAAUCAUCAUCCCAGCCGGCUUCAACCCCGACGGCAAAUGCUCGCAACCCACAGAUUGCUUCACCGGCAACGUCUACUUCGACGCCCUCCACUCCGACCAACAAACCUCAAUCGCCAACGUCACCUUCACCCCCUGCGCCCGCACGCACUGGCACACGCACCCAGAGGGUCAAUUCAUCAGAGUGGUUGCCGGGAAUGGCUGGGUUUGUGACAAGGGCGGUGUUCCUCAGAGGUUGAGAACGGGGGAUGUCGUUUGGGCGCCUGCGGGUACUACGCAUUGGCAUGGGGCGGAUGAUAAUAGUACCAUGACGCAUUUUGUGGUUGGGUUGGGAAAGACGGUUUGGCAUGAUGUUGUUACGGAUGAGGAGUAUAGCAGGAAGGAAUAA